CAUAAGUGCCAAACAUUACACCUCAACCUAAUCUAAAGGAGACGUUCAAGAAAUGUAUGGGGCUUGGGCUUAAAAUAAUUUUAAAUUGAACAGCAUGCUGACCUAUAUAGGUUGAAAGAGCGUAAUUAUUUUGAUUUUUUGAGGCAUUAAAUAAGAUUUUACAGCCCUCCGUUUUUUUUUAAAGCGAAGUUGAAAUAAUAUAAGCUUGUAUCCCUACAAACAUUAUUUUUAAGGGCUAGCAACCCUGUGGCAAUUGAUAUGACGGUAUAUUUGUGUAUAUCUGUGGUACUUUUACAUCUGUGGCUCAUCUGUGACAGCAAAAUAAACAAUCAGACGACUUUCCGACAUCGUACCUAUCGCGUUGUUCGUAAUUUCGUUGUGAUUUGAGUGUUGUGUUCUUACUUCAUUUGACCUUUGCAUCUGCUCUACGGACUCCGACCCCUCUUUUGUGAUCUACCUACCGCUUGUGUUUACUGGACAGAUAUUCUUUGCGAUUUGGACUAUCGUUUAUUCGAAAGCCAUGGCUGCAUGUGUUAAUUGCUAUGUUAUCUUGCAACCUGACAUCCUGCAGUAUGAAUACCAUGCUGCAGAUCUGAGCCCAGAGCUAGCUUUGAUAAUUGAAGAAUGGUGCGGGCGUGAGAUUAGUGAUAAUGACCGGUUAUGCCAAGCAUGUGUUCACCUAGUUGCACAAGAAGCUAAUAAUCGUACUGAAAAUCCCACUGUCAGAACGGUUUCACACAUAUUUGUAUGCAUAUCUUGUGGCAUUUCAUUGGGUCAACGCACAGGCAGACGACGUCGCUCAUUAUUAGAGGGAUCUGAUUUGAGAACUUACAUAGAAAAUCAAAUAUUUCCCCGACAGGUUCCAAAUGAAGCUUGGGCAUGUAAUGCUUGCUGGAUGAGGGCUUAUCAUAAUACACCCCGGUUAGAAACGGAACCUCCUGUAUCCCUGGAAUUUGAAGCGCCAGUGGUCCCAGUCCAAAUGCAAACAAAUGAGGUGUCAGUUCCAGCUGUCAUUCCAGAAGAACCAAAUGUUGACUCAGUUCCUGCAUCAAGUUCAAUAACCGUGCCAAGCUCAGAAACAGAAUCUUGGGCUGAUCAGAUGCCCAAUAUUCGACCACCAAUUGAUACAAUUAAUUUAGUUUCAUAUGCUCGUAUAUCAGACACAACAUCCCACUGUUUUGUACCAGACUGUGUGAACCCUGAACGUAUUAGAGUUUCUCGCUAUUUAAAAAGAUCGAUCUUGUGUCAAUAUAAAAUAUAUAUUUCUGAGAAUGCUAGAGUAUGUCAUGAACAUUCAAUGUUAUAUAACUGGGAUAUUCUAAAUGAAUUUGAUUUUAUACACAGUUUCAACAGAAUGCAAAUUGAAAAUAUGUUAGAUUUGUUGUGUCAUAGACCAGUUGGUUCUGUGCUUAAUUUCGAAGAUAUUGAAAACUGCUCAGACCGACUGUGUCAUUAUUGGACUGGCCUCACAGUAGCUAACUUUUUAUCAUUGUUUAACAGUGUUGGUCAGAUAGAAACAAUCUGUAAUAAAGCCAAAACUGCUCUUGGCAUGUAUCUAGUUAAAUUAAGAACAGGUGAAUCAUUUGCACGUAUAGCCAGUCUUUUUUUAACCUCUAAGGGUACAGUAGCAAAUUACGUCAAAAAAGCAAGGUCUUGUCUAAGCACUUAUUAUGUGCCUUUGCAUUUAGGGGUUGGUCAUAUGACUCGCGAGCAACACAGUGUCCAUAAUCUUUUGAUACCACAGGGACUUUUCGGAACAGAUGCUAAUAACCCAAUAGUAAUCUGCGAUGGCACUUACAUCUAUUUGCAAAAAUCUUCAAAUUAUUUGUUUCAAAAAAAAACUUAUAGUUUGCAUAAGUAUCGCAAUUUAGUUAAACCUUUUCUGAUGGUGACUUGUGAUGGCCACAUUAUUGAUGCCUUUGGACCUUACGCUGCAACACAGUCAGAUGCUGAUAUUAUGAAAGAUCUCUUUCAAAAUGAAAACUCUCCACUAAGGUCUUACUUUAGACAAAACGAUGUUUUUAUUUUAGAUCGUGGCUUUAGGGAUGCUAUUGGUUUAUUAACUUCCUUGGGGUAUUCAAUUAAAAAACCUGAGAGUUUGGAUGUUGGUGAACGACAAUUAUCUACUUUAAAAGCAAAUAAAUCUCGAAUGGUUACUUUGUGUAGGUGGGUGGUAGAAGUAGUAAAUGGUCGGUUUAAACGGGAUUUUAAAAUAUUCAGGGCUGAUUAUUUUAAUUGUGCUUCUAGAAACCUCAUGACUGAUUUUAAAGUUGCAGCAGCUAUUCUUAAUUGUUUCCAUCCCCUUAUUACUGACCAUCCAGAUGCAGAGGCAAUUUUAACCAGAGCCCUAGAAAGAUUCCAUAUGCCAAACACACUAGCUGAUUAUGUUAUUGAAGGAAAUAUUAACAGACAUAGAGUCAAUUUUGUUUCAUUAGAUGGCCAGCUACCCCAUUUGGAUGUGUUCCCUGUGAUGGAAAUGAGGGAUCUUAUUUUAUUUUCAUUGGGUAUUUACCAAAUAAAACAGGCAAGAUCAUAUUAUGGGGAACACAUUCGAGAAAAUGGUACAUUUAGAAUAGAAGUUGACACUAAUCUCCUAGAACAUUCAAAUAAUUCAUUUUUAUUAAGAGGAAGAAUAAGGUCACGCCACCAAAGCAAUAAAAUAUAUUGUACAUAUAUAUUGUUGAAUUUAAAUAGUGGUAUUACAGAUUGGUGUCAGCGAAUUGCACAAUAUUAUUGCAGUUGCAUUAUAGGGAAACGUACCAUUGGAAGCUGUGCACAUGUUAUGACCAUUGUUUGGUACUUGGGAUGGGCACGGCAUCAGGAAAAUAUGCCACCCCCACCUGCCAGUUUCUUAGACAGUAUUUUAGUAAGAGAUGAUGUCGAAAAUGAAGAAGAUGAAUAAAGCACAAAUAAUUAAUAA